AUGCCGAACCCGCCACCAAAAGAGGAUUCUUGGACUGUCCUGCCAAUCGGAGCACCCUUCCCGCCGAGCUCAGUCCAAUGCAUGUGUGAGGAGAAUAUGCACGUAGCUCUCUGGUACGAGCACGGAAGCCCAAUCUUUGGACGCUCGUGGAGCAACAACGGAGUUGUGGAAUGCUCAGUGACCACCAACCAACAACUCGGAGGACAUAUUCAGAUUCUGCAGUACCUUGGGGAUCACAACGACCAAGGUUUUUGGUACCAGUGGAUCCAAUACAAAAACCGUUAUGAGAAGCUCAACGACACGCAUCAGCUCGUCCAUUGCGGAGACGUCUUCCCUAUCUUUUGGAAGCGUGUCGAAGGAAGCCUGCUCGGCUACGUGAACAGCAAGACCGAGGAGGCGUGGUUCUCCUGCGAUGGGAAGGUGAUCAGACAGCACGGAGCACAGCUCGACGAGAUGUUCGUACUUAUCCGCAACUUUAUCGGCGGACCACCAGAGUGUCCAUGUGACAAGUGCAAAGCUGAUCCACCACCACCAAAGAAGUCCCGUGUAGCAGGCAAUGAUAGAUGAUGACAAAAGCUGUGUUGGUCGCCGAAUCGAAGCAAAGCCCUGAGCAAUGCCGAAGUCUACGAUCAAAUAGUGAGCCGCGUGGAUUUCAAUGACACACUGUCUCUUCACAAAGUCUCUCGAAAGUUUAGAGAAACUUUCUUGAGAACAAAGAGAGUUGAUUUAAAACAUGUGAAAGUAAUCCACCGGAAAAGCUAUGCGACUAUCUGUAUCAAAUCAGAGGAUGGCUCUAAAUCGGAUAAGUUCAUCGACUAUCGACCGGAGAAAGCUGGGGUCACGAUCCUCUGCCAUGGAUAUACGUCCCGAGGAAAAUUACACGUCAAGAAGGAGACCUUUCUACAAGGAGAAAACUAUAUGGAGUUGCUCAAGAAAAACUUUAAAUUUAUAGUGGAGAACAGAGAUGUGACGAUAAAGGAGUUUUCUCAUGAAAUUGAAGACGAUGAAAAAAAUGAGGAAUUCCGGAUUAAAUGUAUCGACGAUAUAAAUGAAAUUUUUGAGUCUGCCGAAUUUUUGACGGUUUUCACAUUGAAACUCGGUUACAUCAAAGUAUCCGAGCUUAUCGAAAUGCUACAGAAUCUCCAUAUGAUCAUCAAUCUCUGUUGUGACAAACUGGAUCCGGAUCAUAUUGGAUUUCAAAAACUUUUUUCACUCAAAAAAUGGGAAAUCUUGUGCUGUUUGAGCAAGCGAAGACUAUCAAUCUUCCCAUCGAAUAUUUCCUACACAUGGACUUUGAUCUACGUUUUGCAACGUUUACACCGUCGGAUUUGUGUAAAAUAAUAGAGACGGCUGAAGAAGAUCCCAAAUUCAGAGAAGUUCGCAUCAAAGCCAACAAGUGUAAAGACCCGAUCGGACUUGGAAGAGUUUUCGACCCGUGCUUCAAUUCGUACGGUGAAGAUAAUUUGGCGGAGUUUACGUACAAAACGUCAGACGCCAGAAAUUUCUCGAUUGAAAUCUGCUUGACAUCAACUUGGAUUUCUAUAAUCGUGUCUAUUGAUAAUUCUGAACCGCCAAGUCCUCAGAAGUUUACAGUGUUUAAGCGCAUGGGCUUCGAAGAUUGCGAGACUGUAGAGGAUUUCAUAUGGCAUGUAGAAAACUCAACGAAGAAAACCGUGAAGAACGCCAAAAUCGAACGAAGCCCCGACCAAUCCCCAUUCGACUUAGUGGACUAGUCUCCUCAGGAUGUGAUGCAUACAGUCUACGAUAAAAUAGUUAGCCACGUGGAUUUUCCCGACUCAUUGGCACUCCACAAAGUCUCUCGGAAGUUCAAAGACGCUGUCUCGAGAAAAGCUAAAGUGAAUCUUGAAUAUCUAGAAGUGAUUCAUCGAAAAGAGUCUGCGACGAUUCGAUUCGAUCCCGAUUUUUUCGUGGAGUACCUCCCAAUGGCAGAUGGAGUUAAUGUCAGCAAGAAAUGGUACAUACCAUCGGAUAUGAAAGAUGAAUUCCAAGAUCACUUUUCAAAAGAACACUACGUCGAAAAAGAUGAAUUUGUGCAAGACGAGACGUACUUGGAGAUAGCCAAACGAGACUUAAAAUUGAUCGUUGGAAAUCGAAAUCUUGAGAUUAAAAACUUCAAACAUCACAUUUGGGAUAUGGAAGAUGUUGAAUUUCGGAAGAAAUGUAUGGACGACAUGGAUGACAUUCUAAAGCCAGCACAAUUCCUGACUGCUCAUGAAAUUGAUAUCUCAAGCCGAACAUUCUCCAAACUGGAGGAAUUCAUAUCAAUGUUCCAUUCUGUCCAUAAGCUUGUUUAUAGUCCGAAACAAGGUUCCAACGAUGACAAAUACGAAAAACUUGUUGGAUCAGAACAAUGGAAGAAGAUUCGGGAAUUCAGAUCACGUGCCGUGCUCAAUAUUCCAAUUGGUCAUUUCUUGCAUUUUGAAGAUUUUACAGUUUUUCUUUGGACGCUCUCAACGGAUGAUAUGGAACAAAUUAUGAAGAUGCUCGAUGAGAAUCCCGGCCGCCACAGAGCUUUCAUCGAGGUCAAGAAUUGUGAAAACCCAAUUGGAUUAUUCAAAGUUUGGGAUUCGGAUUUUGUGUCGAACAAUAAAUUGGAGGACAGCGCUUGA